GCUCCUUCGGCCCGUGGAGCAGCCAAGCAGCUCAGCCGUUACUCCCUGCCUUCUGCCAUCAGUUCAGCUGCAGAACACAUCUUUUGAUCCUGCUCGGUGGCUUCCAACAUUCACAGCAGCCAUGGAUACCAAAGUGAUGUCAAUCGUUUUCAUGGCGUCGGCAACCCUUCUUAUAUUUGUGCUUGCUGUGAAUGCAGAGGACUACUUAGAUAUAGAUGUAAAUGCUGUAUCUAGCCCAGCGAGUCCGAGAAGAAGGUUCCUUUUGAACGUGACUCCUGCAAGAAACACUUGCAAAUACAACAAAUCAAUUUGCCGCCAGGCAGGCUCAGCUGGUCCUGACUGCUGCGAUGAGGUGUGUGUUGACAAAAGCACUGAUUUCAACAACUGUGGGUCAUGUGGCCAUGACUGUCACUUUGGGAAAACCUGUUGCGAUGGUGACUGUGUGGAUCUUCAGAAAGAUGAAGACAACUGUGGAAGGUGUGGACUGAAGUGCCCCAGGAGAAUCUCGACUCACAACCUCCAUGGACGAUGUGAGAAUGGGCUCUGUGAUUACAACUGAUGAUUUUAAUCAUAUUAUGAUGAAAGUUUUCUUUCAAGCCAGAUCAUUUUACAUCUGUUCAGACUUCGCUCCUACCAACACUCAAUGUUCGGAAUUAGACUCCAGGGAAUUCAAUCAAAACAGUUUUCACAGGUUUUUGAGGUUUUUCUAAUAGAAUCUAAGCUGUAGGAACAAAGUGUUAGUUGACCUUCGGCGACCGUAGUUGUUAGUUGACAGGCGACCUACAUAUCGUAUGAGUAGAAUGAUGACAGGUCACAGCAUAGGGGAUCAGAACUUUCCCUGGAGAGAAUGAGGUCAUUUGUCUAAUCUGCUGUAAUUGUAUUAUAGCAGAAGACAUACGGAAUAUAAAUUCGCACUUACUUUGGCAAUUGCUAAAUUGA